GCCUGGGGCGUCCACGCCAUCCCUGGGUCCCGAGCUAUCACAGACUCCCAUCGAGAAGAAAGCACCUCCGAGAUUCCUAGAGAGGCUGGCCUGGCGACUUGGGGAGCCGGAAGCCCAUCCCGAGGCACUUCCUGUCCGGUCAUUGUUCUCGCGCCGGUGGGAGCCGGGGGUCCCGGUCCUGCCAGUGUCCUGGUCCGGAGCGUAGACUGUUCAUCUGGGCCCCGAGAGGAAACUCCAGCAGAAGCUUUUGAAGUUUGGGGAUUAGAUGGGGUUUGGCCUCAGCUGGGCGUCCUGAGCUCGUGCAGUUCCUCCACUGAACAGAGAAGAUGACUGCAGAGUUGAGAGAGCCCUUGGCUCUGACACCCUGGAGCCUCAUGAAGGUCAAGGAGGAGAACGAGGAAGAGGAAAGCUACCCGAGUCAGGCAGCCAGCCAGCAAGUGAGUGCUGAGAGCGUCGGCACUCGGGCCGCGGUGGAGGGUUGCCCGCCAGGCCUCGAGGUGGCAGAAGAGGAGGAACAGGGCCGGAACAUGUUCUGGAACAGGGCAGUAGUCCUGAAAACAACGCAAGAUGCCCCUGCUGCCCUGCCCCUCAGCGGUUACUCGUUACCGGGGACCCUGUGCAGGAGCGAGACGCUGGAGAGCCACGGGGGCGGGAACUGUCUCGGUGCUGAGACGAAGAACUUACAGUUACUGGUUCCAAAAACUGAGAAAUGUGAUGAAGCUGAAAAACCACUCAUUGUGACAGGAAGAGUUCAGAGAGCUGAAGGACCUGAGUCGGGAGAAGCCUCCGGAAAGGGGAGCUUGUUAAAGAGGCAGAGAAUAAAGAAGGAAAAGAAGGAUUUGGGACAAGGCACAGGGAAGGACUGUCACUUACUUCAAAGCCUCAAAGAAGAGGAAGACCAGAAAUGCAAGAAGUCUGGAGGGAGAUACAGCCUUGGUUCUGGCCCAGCUAGAAACCAGAAAAUCCAUCCUGGGCAGAAGCCCUUCACAUGCAGUGUGUGCGGGAAAGGCUUCAGUCAGAGCGCCAACCUCGUCGUGCACCAGCGAAUCCACACGGGGGAGAAACCCUUUGAGUGUCACGAGUGCGGGAAGGCCUUCAUCCAGAGCGCCAACCUGGUCGUGCACCAGCGAAUCCACACUGGACAGAAACCUUACGUCUGCUCAAAAUGCGGGAAGGCCUUCACUCAGAGCUCCAAUCUGACUGUGCAUCAAAAAAUCCACUCCCUGGAGAAAACCUUCAAGUGCAGUGAAUGCGAGAAAGCCUUCAGUUACAGCUCACAGCUGGCUCGGCACCAGAAGGUCCACAUCACAGAAAAAUGCUAUGAAUGUAACGAGUGUGGGAAGACGUUCACGCGGAGCUCCAACCUCAUUGUCCACCAGCGGAUCCACACUGGGGAGAAGCCCUUUGCCUGCAACGAUUGUGGCAAGGCGUUCACUCAGAGUGCUAAUCUCAUUGUGCAUCAGCGGAGCCAUACUGGCGAGAAGCCAUACGAGUGUAAGGAGUGUGGGAAAGCCUUCAGUUGUUUCUCACACCUUAUCGUGCACCAGCGAAUCCACACGGCGGAGAAACCCUAUGACUGCAGUGAAUGCGGGAAGGCCUUCAGUCAGCUCUCUUGCCUUAUCGUCCACCAGCGAAUCCACAGCGGAGAUCUUCCAUACGUGUGUAAUGAGUGUGGGAAGGCCUUCACAUGCAGCUCGUACCUGCUCAUCCAUCAGAGAAUCCAUAAUGGGGAGAAACCCUACACAUGCAGCGAGUGCGGCAAGGCCUUCCGGCAGAGGUCGAGCCUCACUGUGCACCAGAGAACCCAUACUGGGGAAAAGCCCUACGAGUGUGAGAAGUGUGGCGCAGCCUUCAUUUCUAACUCGCACCUCAUGCGCCAUCAUCGAACCCAUCUGGUUGAGUAAUAAGUACAAGAGGAAGCCCUCUCACCUUUGGUGGGAACCUGCUAGCCCCCCCAAUGAGACACCCCUUUGCUCUCUGCUAGAAACAAAGCCCGUGGCCUUGCGGAGUUACUGUUUUCAGGAAUGUAGCACAAAAGACAGUCAUUUCAGAGGCUGAUUUAAAAAUAAGCACUAAAGGCAAAGACCACACUUGAGCUGGAGCCUAAGCACUUACAUUGUCUGAAACUGCAUGUGGCUUCCUGAGGAAUGAGUGAGCCAUACAAAGCUGACUGAUAAAGAUCCUAUUUGAAGAAAGGUCUUUUUGCAUAACUUUGUGUUUUAAAAUUCUGGUAAUUGUUUAAACAACACCAGACAGAUUGAUGAAUUCUGAAGUUUUGAACCUUAUAUUCUGUCCAGUGUUUCAGGUUAAACAGUUUCUAUUUAAGGAAACCACUUGGGGUAGCAAUUCAGCAACUCCCCUAUAAAAAUGUACAAGCUCUCCAUUCCCUAGAUCUUGUCAAAACAUGCAGCUUUUCUCAUGGAGGAACAGAUAAAAGGAUUCAAAACUAGGAAUUCAAACCCACUUCCACCUGACUAGGGGUAGAGAGACCCCCGGGAUCAAGCCAUCCCUGUCUGUGAAGGAUAAGAACAG